GGCGCGUAAAAGUGGCCCAGACUUUGCAGGCAGCGGCGGCCGAGGGCGGAGCGGGAUACAGCCCUCGCCGGGGCCUGCUGCCAUGGGCCCGCGCCGCCGCCGCCGCUUGCCACCCGGGCCGCGCGGGCCGUGAGCGCCAUGGCCGUAGCCCCCGCGGGCGGCCCAUGCGCGCCGGCGCUGGAGGCCCUGCUCGGGGCCGGCGCGCUGCGGCUGCUUGACUCUUCGCAAAUCGUCAUCAUCUCCGCAGCGCAGGACGCGAGCGCCCCGCAGGCCCCUACCAGCUCCGCCGCGCCCGCCGCCGGCCCCCGGGACCCCGACCUACUGCUCUUCGCCACGCCGCAGGCGCCCCGACCCCCACCCAGCGCGCCGCGUCCGGCUCUCGGCCGCCCGCCGGUGAAGCGGAGGCUGGACCUGGAAACUGACCAUCAGUACCUGGCUGAGAGCAGUGGGCCAGUCUGGGGCAGAGGCCGACACCUGGGAAAAGGUGUGAAAUCCCCGGGGGAGAAAUCACGCUAUGAGACAUCACUGAAUUUGACCACCAAACGCUUCCUGGAACUGCUGAGCCGCUCAGCUGAUGGCGUUGUUGACCUGAACUGGGCAGCUGAGGUGCUGAAGGUGCAGAAACGGCGCAUCUAUGAUAUCACCAACGUCCUGGAGGGAAUCCAACUCAUUGCUAAGAAGUCUAAGAACCAUAUCCAGUGGCUGGGCAGCCAGACCACAGUGGGGAUCAGUGGGCGGCUUGAAGGGCUGACCCAGGACCUCCGUCAGCUGCAGGAGAGUGAGCAGCAACUGGACCACCUAAUGCACAUCUGUACCACACAGCUGCAGCUGCUCUCCGAGGACUCUGAUAGCCAGCGCCUGGCCUAUGUGACCUGCCAGGACCUACGUAGCAUUGCAGACCCUGCAGAGCAGAUGGUCAUGGUGAUCAAGGCACCUCCAGAGACCCAACUGCAAGCUGUGGAUUCUUCAGAGACCUUUCAGAUCUCCCUUAAGAGCAAACAAGGCCCCAUCGAUGUCUUCCUGUGUCCCGAGGAGAGUGCAGGUGGAGUCAGCCCUGUAGAGACUCCGUCCCAGGAGGCAGCUUCUGGGGAGGAGGAUAGGACAAGUGAUGCUGUCACCCCAGCACCACCAUCAUCAUCUUCCGCCUCAUCCCCUGCCAUGGAUCCCAGCCAGUCCCUUCUCAGCUUGGAGCAAGAGCCACUGCUGUCACGGAUGAGUGCCCUGCGGGCCCCUGUGGAUGAAGACCACCUGUCCCCGCUGGUUGCGGCCGACUCGCUCUUGGAGCACGUGCGGGAGGACUUUCCUGGGCUCCUUCCUGAGGAGUUUAUCAGUCUUUCCCCGCCCCACGAGGCCCUUGACUAUCAUUUUGGCCUUGAGGAGGGUGAGGGUAUCAGAGACCUCUUUGAUUGUGACUUUGGGGACCUGACCCCCCUGGAUUUCUGACAGGCCCUAAUGGGGGCAGGGUCUUCUGAGAUGCCCACCCUGUCUCUGCAGCCCUGGAGCCUCCUGCCUCAGGCCAUCCUUCCAAUCCAGUUGGAAAAGUGUAAUUAUAUUCUCUUUCCUUUUUCCAGUAGCUUCUGGCUCUGGGGUCUGGCUGCUGCCCAGAGAUCAAAAAAAGCCAGGGAGGGAAAGACUGAAGACUGUAUUUGUGGUGUGUAUGUGCAUGCACCCAGCACCCCACGUGUGUGUACUCGGGGUAUAUGGUGUGUGAGCAUGUAUGCACGCAUGUUCCGGGGAAUGAAGGUGAACAUGUCUGCGUGCACACAUGUGUGCGAGUUCAUAUGUGUGUAUGAGGGGCUCUUAACUGCACUUUUGAUUUUCUUGCUCCAGGGGCCCAAUGAAGCCCAGGGCUGCCACCUGCCCUGGAAUCCUGUGCACUGACCAGACCAGGUGGGGAGGCCUUGGUUGGCUGGAUUUGCAGGACAGUGAGAGCACUUCUGUCUUAAAAGUUUUUCUGAUUGAAGCUUUAACAGAGCGUUAUUUAUUUAUCGAGGCCUUUUUGGCAAGCCUAGGGAGCAAAAGGUGGGAGGGGUGUGGGGCUGAGACCCCCAACUCUGUAUACCCCUGAGCAAGGGCAGGGGUUCCUCAGCUGUUCUUUUGCCCGACCCCAAAGAAGCUAAUGCCUGACUGAUUUAUUUAUUGGGAAAGGGAGGGAGGGAGACAGACUGACAGCCAUGGGUGGAUAGAGGGGUCUUCUCUUUCAUGAGGGUCACUUCAGGGCCCCAGCUGCCCCCAGGACGGACAUGAGAUGGGAGAGAUGAGUGGGGACCUCCACUGACAGGGUGAGCAGCAGGGGCAGGUGAAGGGCUCCCCCAGCCAGACUGAGGGGCCCCUCCUGUGGUGUUUGAAGCCCCCCCCAACUCAUUGCUCUGCCCUACCCUCCAAUCUGCACUUUGAUUUGUCUCCUAACAGCUCUGUUCCUUCCUGCUUUGGUUUUAAUAAAUAUUUUGAAGAUGUUUA